GCUCAAUGCUCCUCACUGCCUGAGGUGGGGGGCCCGUUUGUGCAAACGUACAAUAAAUACCUCAUGCUUUUUGCAUCAGCUGGUUUGGAGUCUGGGUUUUUGGGCGUCCUCUCGAGCAAGUGGGCAUCUCUGCAACUGAGAGGUCCAACAUUUUUGGCGCCCAACGUGGGGCUCGAGGUCGCCCUCAGACCCAUUCUCUGCGGACCAGUUGGAGGUAUAAUUAAGUGUUUUCUGUCUGUUGUUGUCUUCGUCUUGAGUAUUCUGACUGGCCAGUAUCUGACCUGACUCUGUGGGACCAGUGGGGGAGGCAGGCGUGCCCAGCAACCCCUGGCCCGUUACCCGGAGGACGCUCCGGGUUAUGAGGGGAAACCCUCGGUCUGUUCCCCCGGAAGACGCACUCGGGGUGGUCUGGAGGUGGGUCGGAGACUAAGUCUCCCUCCUUCCCGGGGAGGGCUGGUCAGGCAGCCGCUCCCAAAAAUAGCGCAAUAGCGUUCGAUUUGUCCUAGCCAUGUGUUUUGUCUUGCUUACUGUAUAUGUCUGUGCAAUGGUUGUUCUUUUUGUUUGGGCUGAAAUCCUUAUACGCAAGGGUCAACAAAUAACCACCCCUUUAAGUCUCACUCUAGAUCACUGGAAGGACGUUCGAGAACGCGCGCGCCACCUCUCAGUGGAGGUUAAAAAGAAACAAUGGGCAAGAUUCUGUUCCUCAGAGUGGCCGGCCUUCGAGGUCGGCUGGCCAAGGAACGGCACUUUUAACCUCGAUAUUAUUUUACAGAUUAAGGAGCGCGUCUUUCGGCCAGGAUCCGAUGGACACCCUGAUCAGGUGGCCUACAUUACCACGUGGGAGGAUCUUUCACGUAACCCCCCUCCCUGGAUAGAACCCUUCUUCCCGACGGAGCCCAUACGGACCCCGAUACCCCCUCCUCCUAUCCCGGUUGUACCAACCUCCUCCCUAUUCCCUCUGAAGGAGAUUCGAGGUCCAAAACCUGACAAGCCACCGGUUCUUCCGGCUGAUCAGGACUUUCUGCUCCUUGACUCUCCCCCACCCUAUCUUCCCAGCCAACCUGCUCCCCCGCAGGAACCCCCACUACAACCAGAGCGGGAUGUGCAGCCUUCUGCACCAUCCCCUGAUUCCACGAGGGAAGGGGAAGAAGUCUCAGCGCCUUCCCCGCCCUCCAGCCGCCUGCGCCUCCGUCGGGGGCAGGCAGGGGGCUCGGGAAGCGUCUGGACUUCGCAGGCUUUUCCUCUUCGCUCGGUGGCUGGCCAGAUGCAGUACUGGCCAUUCUCUGCUUCCGAUCUUUACAAUUGGAAAACCCAUAACCCCUCUUUCUCUCAAGACCCCUAGGCUCUGACUGGGCUGAUCGAGUCAAUUUUAUUGACUCAUCAGCCCACCUGGGAUGAUUGUCAGCAGCUUCUGCAGACCCUCCUCACUACUGAGGAAAAGCAGCGCGUCUACCUCGAGGCACGGAAAAACGUCCCUGGAGCAGAUGGCCGACCGACCCUACUGCCAAACGAAAUCGAGGAGGCGUUUCCCUUAACCCGUCCUGAUUGGGACUACACCACCGUUGCUGGUAGGGAGCGACUUCGUCUUUACCGCCAGGUUCUCCUUGCGGGUCUCAGAGGGGCUGGAAAGCGCCCCACCAAUUUGGCCAAGGUACGUGCAGUAGUGCAGGGGGCUGAGGAAACGCCGGCAGGCUUCCUUAAAAGAUUAAUGGAAGCCUACCGUAUGUACACCCCGUUUGACCCCCUGGCAGAGGACCGGCAGGGAGAUGUAAUCAUGUCCUUUAUAGGACAGUCAGCGCCGGACAUCCGCAAUAAAUUGCAGCGGCUAGAGGGGCUUCAGGGAUAUACUAUACAAGAUUUAAUGAAGGAGGCAGAAAGGAUUUACAACAAAAAGGAUCCACAAGGAGCAGGAGGAAAGGGAAGGCCUGCACUGGCCUGAGGGAGGCUCGUAAAUCCCCAGAGGCAGUUAAAACUAAGGUAAAACUUCCAGGUGUGGCGGCAACCCCUAAAAGCCCAACACUGCCUCAACGCACUGCGCCUCCAAUUCCGCCCAUGUGGCCACCCCUUUAUGGUUAUUCACCUCCCUUAAAUCGCCCGCCGCCAUCUUGUAAACAGCGUGCCUACCCAACCCCAUGGCCAGUCCUGCUAGGCCCCGGCGUGCACAGUCUUCCCUGUAAAUGGGGGACCAUGCCUUUCUCUGCACUCUCUUCCAGUCAGUGUAGCCUGUUGCACCCUUGCAGACCACAGCCAGAUACUCUAGGGGAGACUAGUCCUUGGGCUGCUUUUUUCCUCUCCAUUUACAAUUCAAUGCUGUCCUCACUAGGAAGAAAAAAUGCCUUUGGCUACCACUGGCCUUACCUAAAGGAACAAAAACCUUCAUCCAUUAACCCUUUCCAACCUAAUGAGUCUUUAUUUGCAGUUAAUGAAACUUUUUCUCCAGCACUACGGAAGCCUCUCAUUCCCUGCCGUUUUGUUUCAGAUGUGUU